AUGUCGUGUCUUCUCUCUAGUUUCGGUACUGUCAGAAGGCUGGUGCCUUUCCUCCUAACCAUACUAGUUCUUCCUCUAUUUGUCUCUAGUUUGAUGUCAGGGCUGGCAGCCCUGGAUGCCAAGUGUUCCAGCCGCCUCGGCAUCAUGACCGUCUCCUACUACCUGUGGACCACCUUCGUGGCGGUGGUGGUGGGCAUCCUCAUGGUUACCAUCAUCCACCCAGGUGGCGCCGCCCAGAAGGAGGACAACGAGGACAGCGGCAAGCCAAUCAUGAGCUCCGCUGAUGCCCUGCUUGAUCUGAUUCGCAACAUGUUCCCAGCCAACUUGGUCCAGGCAACUUUCCAACAGUACCGUACCAGGAGUAUCCCCAUCAUGAAGGCCCCCCCACCCACGGUGGCAACCUCCCUGAUGGAGAGCACCACCCGGAGGGUCUAUAUCUACGGUGUCCARGACGACAACGGAACAGACAUCCAGAACUUCUCCCUGGACCUGACGCCACCGCCAGACAUCCAGAUGCGCACGCUGCCCGGGACCAGCGACGGCAUGAACGUCCUGGGGAUCGUCAUCUUCUCCGCCACAAUGGGUAUCAUGCUGGGUAGAAUGGGGCCUAAUGGCAGCGCCCUGGUCAACUUCUGUCAGAGUUUAAACGAGGCUGUCCUGAAGAUUGUUGCCAUAGUGAUCUGGUACUUCCCAUUCGGCAUCGUGUUCCUGGUGGCCGGUAAGAUCCUAGAGAUGGACGACCCGUCAGCCAUGGGGAAGAAGCUGGGUUUCUAUGCCAUCACCGUGGUGAUGGGCCUGAUCCUCCAUGGUCUCUUCAUCCUCCCGGCCAUGUACUUCUUCAUCACCAAGAAGAGCCCCAUCGUCUACAUCAGGGGCAUCCUGCAGGCCCUGCUCAUCUCNCUGGCAACCUCCUCCAGCUCGGCCACGCUGCCCAUCACUUUCAAGUGCCUCCUGGAGAACAACCACAUCGACCGACGCAUCAUCCGCUUCGUGCUCCCCGUGGGCGCCACCAUCAACAUGGACGGGACGGCGCUCUACGAGGCCGUGGCAGCCAUCUUCAUCGCCCAGGUCAACAACUACGAGCUAGACUUCGGCCAGAUCAUAACCAUCAGUAUYACAGCUACGGCUGCCAGUAUUGGUGCAGCUGGAAUCCCGCAGGCCGGAUUGGUCACSAUGGUGAUCGUGUUAACCUCGGUGGGCCUGCCCACUGAUGACAUCACUCUCAUCAUCGCUGUAGAUUGGGCGUUGGACCGUUUCAGGACCAUGGUCAACGUGAUGGGAGAUGCCCUGGCCACGGGGAUCAUGGCUCACAUCUGUAGAAAAGACUUUGUCAAGGAAGGAGAACAGGUGCCUCUGAUCUGUGAGACCAAGCCCAUGAUCAGCAUCCAGCAGAUGCUGACCUACCAGAAGAACGGUGGGUACCAGCACCCUCCCUGCGGACCGGAGGGCCCGGACGUGGCUCGUCUGAUGCAGCUGGAGGAGGGGGUACGGCCGGAGCAGAGGAAGAGGAACCCCCACGCUCCCCAACACAAGAGGGAGCACAAGGACAAGGACCACUGCUCCAUCGACAUGAAUGGCCUGGAGACUAACGUAUAGAGGGAGCCAGUCAUCAGCACCACAGCAACCGGCUGCAUCCCGAUUCUCCACACUUCUCUAGAAGUGUGCACAUGCAUACUCUCCGUCACGGAUCUAACAAUGGUGGAUCUAACAACUCCCUCCAGCCAAUGGUUACACCAAUUCAAUUUAACACCAUGACAAGGAGUGGGAAAGUGCAUACUUUGGAAAAAGGGUGGACAAUCAGAAUGCAGACAAGAUUAUAGCCACAGGCGAGAGGAAGGGACUGACUGACUAACUGCAACAGAUGCAGGACAGAGGAUCCAACAAGAAAAUAUGAUUUUUUACAUUAUUUAUAUUACGAACCAGUAUGAUUGUGCAUGUGUGUGUAUGUAUUUAUCAGAGUUGUUACACGCCAGCAGAAUGAUUUUAAAGAAACAUUUUAUUGAGGAGCAGGCAUUCUAUAUGAAAGGGGAUAUUCUAUAUGACAAGGAGACAUUCUAUAUGACAAGGGAUAUUCUAUAUGAUAAGGAGUAUUCUAUAUGAAAGGAGAUUUCUAUAUGACAAGGAGACAUUCUAUAUACAAGGGGAUAUUCUAUAUGAUAAGGA